AUGUCAUUUCGACCAUUUCCAUCUGCUCUCAAGCAGACAUACAGAGGAUAUGCAUCUAUACUUAAGACACCUACAGAAGCAAGCGUAGAGUUGCCCUUGAGAUUACAGGCCAUCAAAUUGUACAAAGAGUUGCAUCGACUUGGAAGGGAUUAUCCCGACCCAAAGUAUGAUUUCAACAAAAGACUUCGAAGGGCUUUUGAGAAAAACGCAAAGGUGACGGAUCCCACUCAACUGAAAAAACAACUGGAAUUAGGCGAACAUAUAAAGAAGGAGGUCAUCGCUCUUAUCUCAUUGAAGAAAUUCAGACAUCUUAGAAGGACUUAUCAUCCUAAUGAAGGACCUCGAUAA